GAUCGGAUGGGAUGCAUCACAGCCCAUACAACAUUAUACAAGGGCAAAUUAGGAAAUGCGAGGAUUAUCCUCGAGACAACGCGCCGACUCCGUAGCCACUUCAAAAAGAAACAGCCUCUUUACGCAACCCCCAAAGUCUCGCCCUCCUCCUCCCCCAAAUUCCGACCAAGUCUCCUGCAUUUCAAUCCCGGAUUCUCUGCUUCGCCCCUCUAUCGACGAAAAUGGAGGACUCUCCGAUCAACCGUCUCGCCGAAGAUUCGCUUCACCAGAUCUUCUCUUCCCUUUCGCUUCGUCAAAUCAUGACUUGCCGCUCCGUUUGCAAGCUCUUUAACCAAAUCUUGACUUCGCCAUCUUUCAUGCACCUCAUCUCCACCCGAUCCCAUCUCAACCUCCUUGCUCUCCGCCCUCCUCAUCACCAUCAUAAUCACAGUCGCUACGAGCCCCUUUCUACUUCCCUCCACGUUUACGACCCCGAUCAAAACAAAUGGCUGCGAGUCAACCUCGAUUUUCUUCCUUUCCGAUCUCCUCACCCGGUUGCGUCUUCACUCGGUCUGGUUUACCUGUGGGCCGACUCACCUGACUCGUCCGACUCGAACAAGUCACUCAUCGUUUGCAACCCCUUGACUCGCCAAUACAGGGUCCUUCCUCAGCUCGGCUCGGCCUGGUCACGCCACGGCUCGGUCCUAGUUGACUCAAGGAACCGAGUUAUGGUCUUAACCGAACUCGCCGCUCUUUACUUCUCCUUUUCUCAAAAAACCCAACAAUGGCUCAAAUUCUCUUCAAAUUUACCAUCCAAACCCCGAAGCCCUAUUGUUGUCUCCAACUCCGUUUACGCCUUAUGUGACGUCGGAUCGCCGUGGAGGAGUAAGUGGAAAUUAUUCUCUUGCGCUGUCAAUAACAUGUUAAACUUAAAUUUAAAUGUGAUGAACAACAAUUGGGAAUGCUUGGAGAGGCACGAAUGGGGAGACAUUUUCGAUAUCAUGAAACGACCGCGUUUAAUAUGUGGCAACGGGAACAAAAUCUUGAUGAUUGGGGGGUUAAAAUCGAGUUAUUCGUUGAAUCAAUCUUGUCUGACGAUUUUGAUAUUGAGGUUAGAUUUGGAAACGAUGGAGUGGGAAGAGGCAACGAGAAUGCCUGAGGAUAUGCACCAAUGGUUUCAGGAUAGUAAGUUUAAGGUGUUUGGAGGAGGGGAUAGGGUUUGCUUUUCCGGGAAGAAAGUCCGAAGGUUGGCUCUCUGGGAUUGUUGUGAAUGGCGGUGGAUUGAUUGGGUGCCGGGAAACGGGGAUGAGCUUUUCCGGGGAUUUAUGUUUGAGGCUAGGCUUACCCUACUGCCUUGAAUUAAUCGGUAUGUUGUUGCACUGUUUAGUAUUCUGAAAUAUUGUUGUAUUUUGUUGAUGUUCUUUUUAGUGAAAAGCAUGUUUCAAGAUAGUGCGAAAACAAUGCAAUCUGUUGUCAAGAGUAAAAAGGGUGAAUUCUGUUCAAUUUGUUCUCAAGCAAUGUAACUUGAUGCUGAUAAUGGGAAACAGAAGAAUGUUACAUCUCUUUGAUUAUUCUUUUAAGUGCUUGAUUGAGACAUCAAGUUCAAAUAUUGAAAGAAAUGAUACCUUUUGUGUUAUUUGUUACUACGAAGUGUUUCUUUUUUCUCUUGGGGAAAUGUGGAAUAGUUGAAAUUAAUGGAAGCAGUGUAUGUUACAGUA